AUGGGAUUGGCUUCGCUCAAGCCACACACGGUCAACUCCGGCGAUCAUCAAGAGUCACCCUUCAUGAUGUGCAACGCCAAGCUCAUGGCGACCUUCGCCAGCCUCCUCGCUUUGGCGAGCGCCGGCCCCAGCGUGCAGCUUGACAACGGCGUCACGGUCCAGGGCCGGAUCGCCCCCGAUGCACCACAGGUCGCCGAGUUCCUGGGCAUCCCGUACGCCGCGCCGCCUUUGGACGACCUGCGUUGGGAGCCGCCGCAGCCCUACGUCGCACCGCAGUCCUUCGCCAACGGCGCCGUGCUCAACGCUACCGCUCUGCCCCCUUCGUGCUGGCAGUACAUCUCCGUCAUACCGGCCAUUCAGCGUGUCGAUGUCCCCGAGUUCAUGAUCGGCGACGCCGGUAUGGACGAGGACUGCCUCACCGCCAGCUUCUGGGUUCCCUCCGACGCUGUCCCUGCCGGCAAUCAGACCGAGGGAGAAGGAAAAGGAGGCCUGCCCGUCGUCAUCUGGUUCUACGGUGGCGGCUUCGAGACGGGCGGCACCGACGUGCCUUACCAGAUGCCCCAGAAAUGGGUCCAGCACUCACAGUCGCACAUCUUCGUCACCUUCAACUACCGCAUGGCGCUCUUUGGCUUCCCCAACUCGGCCGCGCUCGAGGAGCAAAACUUGGGCCUGAUGGACCAGCGCUUGGCCGUCGAGUGGAUACGCGACAACGUCGCCAAGUUCGGCGGCGACCCUGAGCGCAUGACCAUCUGGGGCCAGUCGGCCGGCGCCAUCGCCGUCGACUACUGGAACUUCGCGUACACCGAGGACCCCAUCGUCAAGGCCUUCAUCAUGGACUCGGGCACGGCGCACCUGGAUCAGCUGAUGAACCACGACACCAGCCACUCCAACUUCACCUUCGUCGCCCAGCAGCUCGGCUGCGGCAACCUGACGGACGCCCGCGCCGAGCUGACGUGCAUGCGCAAGCUUCCUGCUGAGAAGCUUGAAAACUUUUACGCCGUCUACAAGGACUCGCAGGUCGUGCCCACGAUCGGCUUCUCUCCCCAGAUCGACAACAAAAUCGUCUUUGCCAACUACACGGAGAAGGCUGCCCGUGGCGAGAUGUCUGACCUGCCUGCCAUCAUUGGCUUCAACGCUGCAGAGGGCCUCUUCCUCGCGCCUUACAACGUGAACGGCCCCGACCCCGCCAUUUCUGAAAGUUUGUCUUACAACUACUUCUGGUGCUCUACGACGAAGACUACCAAUGAGCGCCUGGCCGCGGGCAGAACCACUUACCGUUACUUCCACGAGGCUGUCUUUAACAACACCUCUCCCCGCCCGUGGAUGGGCGCCUACCACGGCAGCGAGCUUCCCCUGAUCUUCGGCACCCACGCCGAUUUCCGCGGCAACUCGACUCCCUUCGAGUACGAGCUGAGCCGCACAAUGAUGGACGCAUACACCGCCUUCAUCAAGGACCCGGCAGCGGGUCUGGGAGCCAUCGGCUGGCCCGCUUACACGGCGGAUAGCCGCCUGGUCCGCAGCUACGGCGAGAAUGACACUGUCUUGACCACCGUCCGGACGCUGUCUACCAUCGAGGAGAACUGCGCGAAAAUGAGACUUUUGUAA